CUGGGGGAGGGGCUGAGGGAGGGGGAGGCCGGGGCUGAGGCCGGGGAUGGAGACCAAGCGAGUGGAGAUCCCGGGAGAGGUGCUGGAUGACCUGUGCAGCCGAUUCAUUCUGCACAUUCCAAGUGAAGAAAGGGACAAUGCGAUUCGAGUGUGCUUUCAGAUUGAGCUGGCCCAUUGGUUUUACUUGGACUUCUACUUGCAGAAUACACCAGGAUUGCCUCAGUGUGGGAUAAGAGAUUUUGCCAAAUCAGUCUUCAAUCACUGUCCGUUUUUACUUCGCAAAGGGGAUGAUGUGGAAAAUAUUUUAGAUGAUUGGAAGGAGUAUAAGAUGGGAGUCCCUACAUAUGGUGCAAUUAUACUGGAUGAAACACUGGAAAAUGCACUACUUGUGCAAGGCUAUCUGGCAAAAUCUGGAUGGGGGUUUCCGAAAGGCAAAGUGAAUAAAGAGGAAGCCCCACAUGACUGUGCUGUGAGAGAGGUUCUAGAAGAAACUGGCUUUGACAUAAGGGACCGUAUCUGCAAGGAUGACUUCAUUGAACAAAGAAUCAAUGACCAGUUGGCUCGCUUGUACAUAAUCCCAGGGGUUCCAAAGGAGACAAAGUUUAACCCCAAAACUCGAAAGGAAAUCAGGAAUAUUGAAUGGUUUUCCAUCGAGAAGCUGCCAUGUCAUAGGAAUGACAUGACUCCCAAGUCCAAACUGGGUUUAGCACCCAACAAGUUUUUCAUGGCUAUUCCUUUUAUAAGACCCUUAAGAGAUUGGCUGGCCAAAAACUACGGAGACUCUUCAGACAGUGAUGGUCUUGCAUCGAACAACGCAACUCCGUCCAAAACUGUUUUGGAUAAAGUAGGUGUAAGGUCCAAAACACAACAGAACCAGCAGUUACUUGAUGGGUGCACGGCAGAUCAAUGGGCAGGCUCAGUUAAACACAAAUCACAAUCAAAGCCAUUCAGCCCAAACAAUCCACAUGACAUUUCUGAGCCUUUAAAGUCAAAGUCACAUAAUGUGCGGGGUAAUGGCAGAAAGCAGCACCAAGACUCUCCCAACCAAAAGAAGAAGUCUAAUGGAGUAAACGAUCAGCAAAUAAAGCAAUAUCAGAUAUUGAAAUCUGAUAAAAAGCUUCAGCCAAGGCGACUUCAGGACAAUUUUGAAACUGAUGCAGUUUGUGAGCUGUGCAGCUCUAAUCAGCUUUUAGACAUUACUGGGACAUGCAGAUCUGGUUCUGACCUCUCAGAUUCCAGCAAUGGAAACUCUGACUUCAGUUUCUCAUCGACUGCCUUCCUCAGCUUCAAGUUUGAUCGAGAUGCAAUUAUGAAAUGCUUUGACCUAUGACGGAAUGCCUUUCUGGCUUUGAUACGGAGGGAUCAGAGGGUCUCGUGGUACAAGCUGUAAGAUCAGUGGAGAAAUAGACCUUUCCUUUCUCAGGUGUUUAAAGACAUAGAGGUUCAACAAGCAGAGGGGGGGAUUUUUUAAAAAAUCUGCAGAAGUGUGUCUGAUGAGGUCAAAUGUGUUCUUGCACGGUUAAUGCAACUUAGCCUUUGUACACAAAAGUACUUUUUCAGUAUUUAGAAUUGAUCUAUUUUCCAUGUUUUUUUAAUACUGUUGUAUACUGGAGAGAUUAUUUUCAUCCCUUUUUUUCCUUAAUUGUUUUAGCUUGGACACAGCUUUUUCUGCUGAAUGCAGAAACAUUAUACUGUAUGAAACAUGUAAUUGGAAAGGCAGGCCAGAAUGGAUUGUUUCAGCUUCAAACUUUUUUAAACAAAGAAGCUUUUUUUGCAGGUUAAUGAAUCUUGCCUCUUGAGGUAGUGAUACAAGUACCAAAUGGCAGGUGUUUUACUUUUGUGUUCAUGCAUUAAAAAUAUUUUAAAGGCUUUAGAACAGUCUUCACUAUUACUAUUAUAACCAGAUGUUUUGAAGAUUAAGUUUAAUGAUCUUUGUUUUCACUUCUGGGUGUUUUCAAGCACAUUACUUAUUUAAUGUCAAAUAAUUGCAUCACAAUGUGAGUACUUUCAGCACAGUUUCAUGGAAGUUUAUUUUAUAUUGAGUCAUACAUUAGCAUGAUAGACUUUGAAUGCAUAAGUUCUAUUUUCUAAUUGGAGAGAGAUGGCAGAUUUUGAAGCAAAGUCAUUCAUUCAUGUUUUGAUUCACACAAAGAAGCCUCUAUUUAUGGAAUAAACUCAAUUUUAUCAGCAAAUCCAUUAUUAGAUGGAUGGUUGGAAUAUGAGAAUGGACUCAAUUUAGUUUUUAAAUCCAUUUUUACCACGUGUUGGCUUUAAAAUGUGUCAUUUGAAGACUUUGCUACAAAUUAGCCAAUUUGAGACAUUGGAUUUUAAUAGACUAUUCCCUGAUGUAAUCCAAUAUGAUUUUUUAAAAAAGAAAAAUAGCUCAGUGAUGCAUUUACUGCAAUAGUACUCAUACACAAUGACCCUCUACUUUUGUUGAUUUAGUUUUAAGUCUGAGAUGUGAUUAUUUAUGGACUAAAUUACCAUCAACCUUAGUCUACAAGAGAUCACUAUACACAACUACUAUUGCUUUGUCUACUAGUGUGUAAUUUAAAGAGAAUGGAAAUGGGUAGUGUGAUUGUGUGCUCUCCUCCAUUGAUUUUUACCUUAUGGAUGCACAAACCCUUGAUCUCCUUUCAUGAGAAAGAGGAAAUUAACCUGUAUGACCUCAAUUUGAUUAUUUUAAUUAGUACUGUAGAAGUUCCAAGUACAAAAUGUACAACUAUUGCGAAAAAUGUGGAUUACUGUGAACUUGUUCACCUUUUUAGAAAUUAAAUCAGAAAGAUCACUAAUGCAAAUAGUGAUUUGUUGCCUUUGCCUCAGUGUAACAUUAAAGUACAUAUAGGUGAGCCAAAUGCACCCAGUUUUAGAAAAUAUUUCAAGAUUAAGUUGUUAUUGGCUGCAAACUUAACUAAUGUCUCCAAAAAGAGCUUGUGAAAAAUGUUUAAAAUCUUGACCACGUAUCUUGAAUGCUGAACAUGUUUCUUCUGCAUUUCUCAUUGCAUGUUCAUCUGCAUCUUUUGCAAAAGAGUUCAGAGUGGAAAAAUAUUCUGUUAGCAAUGAUAGAAUGUUCUGGGCUCAGAAAAUGAUCCAUUAGUGGUUACAAUAGAAAUAACUUCCCCCAUUGACUCACUGAGUUCACCUAGUGAAUAAUUAAGCCGUAAAUAGUGGGAAGGUUCAGUGUUCCCUUUGUUAGGGAGAGGCAAAUAAUGCAAGAAUUUUGAUCACUAUCCUAUAACCUAUCUUCUGCAGGAGGUGCAUCCUAACAUUUAGGUGUUAGUUGAGAACUGUAUUGGACUGCUCACUGGUGGCUCACACCUGGUGAGUGACAACUUGGGUGAGGUGGCAAGUGCUUAUGGAAUUGGGCCAAGAUAAAGGAAAAAAAAGUCAAGCUUUAGAGGGGAGAGGAGAAGACCAUAAUGUUGCACUGUUCAGUUGGAUGAAAUGUACUAUAAAAAAAAACAGGUCCUACAUUUUAGCAUCUAAAAACAGGGAACUUUUUUAAAAAAAAAUGUAAACUUAAAAAAAAUGGAAAAUCUGGUGAGUUGAUGCAGGUUGAACAAAGGAACCAUUUUUUGUCAAACCUUGCAAUCGAGCUGAAAAGAUGCUUUGAAAUUGGGCUAGUAGUAUUGAACUGCACAAUAUUUAGAUACUGCUAUAUUUUAACUUUUAAUGCCCCAAAUAUUGAUGUAUUAGAAAGGUGGGAUAACAAGGGAUUGUAAAGUGUUAAAUGAUUUCACCCUGUUCAUAUUUUCUUCCCACUAUCCUCUAUAGUUUAUUUGUAUGCUAAACAUCUGAUGUUUCACCAGUUUCAAUAAUUUGUUAUGAGGACUUGUUCAACAUAGAUUGACCUGUGCAUAUUUGCAUUAAACAAAUUAUAUUGUGACAAACUUAACAAGUGUUUCAGACAUUGUGCAACAGAGUUCAUUGUGCAACACUUUAUACUACAGUAAACUCCUGAUAAUUUGACCCUGACCUAACUCGUCACUAUCAUUGAAUCAUAAUGCUCUCAAUAUCCCAACCACAUUUAUUCAUGUGUUUAUACCUAUGCCUAACCUGUCACUCCCGAACCCUUUUCCCUUGAAUGACAAGUUAUCAAGAUUUUACUGUAGUUUCUGUAUUGCAAUAGUUUAUACUGAUAAACCAGUAUCAUGAUAGGCUCAAAGUUUUCUUUCAUACUGGCAUUAGAUUAAACUUUUGAAAACUGAAUGCCUGUAUUACCUUCAAAUUGUGCCUAUUAAUGAAAAAAUGUUCAGAAACAUAUUGACUUGAUACUCAGUGUUGUUGAAAUAUAAUAUCAUAGCCUACAUGCCAAUUAAUUGGCUAUAUUAAUGGAAACAUUUUAUUCCAGCAAAAUGAAUAUCUUUCACACACAAAUGUUUGCUUCACAGAAAGAUUGAAUAAAGCAAUUCAGUAUAAAGAUAUUCUGAUGCCUUUCUUCUAUUUUAUUGAAAUCUGUUUCGAGUGUUAAAGUCACUUUUUGUUUUUAACAUUGCUACUGUAUUUAGUUGACCAUUAAAUUAAAAUAAAAAGAUAUUACUGAAAUGGAAA